GAAUGAGAUGCCUCUGGAGGGCAACCUUACUGAUGCCGAAAUCAAAGUUCAAAAUGCCACUUUUCCGAUCCACAAGGUCAUCCUUUCUAAUUGCAGCCUGUACUUCAGGGCUCUGUUCUCCCGCUGGCCAGCACCAGGUCAAACUGUUUACACAGCUUCUGAAUACUCACCUGAAAUUAUGCAACUCAUCAUCGAGUUUGCAUAUACCAAUACUGUUUUGAUGACAGAUGACAAUGUGGAGGAAAUUUUCUAUGCAGCGGAUUAUUACGGUAUCGCCGGCCUAAUUCACGCCUGCAUCACCUUCUUGGAAGAGCACCUCUGCCCACAGAACUGCAUCAACAUCUGUCGUUUGGCUGAUAAGCUCAGUUACGCAGAGCUUGGACACAAGGCCUACAACUUCCUCCUUGACCAUUUUGAAUCAUGUAUUGAUUCUUCUGGGUUCCUCCAGCUCUCACUGGAGGAACUGAAGGAUAUCAUCAAGAAAGAUGAGCUCAUUGUGAGAGAGGAGAGUAUAGUCAUUGAAGCCAUCCUGCGCUGGAUCGCUCACUCACCAAACCAACGAAACAGCCACAUUUUUGUCCUCCUGUCUAAGGUCCGCCUGGCGUUGUGUAGCACUGAAUACUUAAGGAACAACGUGCUAACAAACGCGCUGGUGAACAGCAGUGAAGAGUCUAUGCGCAUUGUUGAAGCCAUGAUUCAUAGAGACCCUCACUUCAUCAAUGCUUUUGCCCGUCCACGCUUCCCCACCGCCAUCUUGUUUGCAACUGGAGGAUGGAGUGAUGGCGGGCCAACAAGCAAAAUUGAAGUGUAUGAUAUCCGUGCAGACCGUUGGGUUGAUUUACCGAACAGUCUGGAGGAAACUUGUGCGUACCACGGUACUGCUUUCCUGGAUGGAUCACUGUACUGCGUUGGUGGCUUCAAUGGUGUGACGUAUUACGACACCCUCCUCAGGGUCGACCUGAGCACCCGCAUCUGGCAUAGAGAAGCACGAAUGCAGGAACGCAGAUGCUAUGUUAGUGUUUGCGUGCUGAAUGGGCUCAUCUAUGCCAUGGGAGGCCACGACGGGACUGACAGGCUCAACAGUGCUGAGCGGUACGACCCUCGAACCGAUCGUUGGACUUUUAUUGCACCCAUGCACGAGCAACGGAGUGACGCUAGUUGCGCCGUUCUCAAUGGCAAGGUGUACAUCUGUGGUGGAUUCAAUGGGACCCAUUACCACUCAUCUGCUGAAUUUUACAACCCAGAGACCGAUCGUUGGACAGAAAUUGCCCCAAUGACGAGACCGCGCAGUGGCUUUGGAGUCGUUGCCCAUGGAGGAUGUAUUUAUGCUGUGGGGGGUUAUGAAGGAACCACACGUUUGAGAAGUGCAGAGGUGUACAGUUUAGACACUCACAGAUGGGCUCCACUGCCUUCAAUGGACGUCCCCCGCAGUAAUUUUGGAAUCGAGGUCCUAGAAGACAUGAUUGUUGUGGCUGGUGGCUUCGAUGGGGCCGACGUCAUCAACACUGUGGAGUGCUACAACAUCAGAGCUGCUCAGUGGUCCAUGAUUUUGGACAUGGGCACCUCUCGUAGUGCUCUCAGCUGUUGCGUGGUGUCUGGAAUCCCCAGCAUGCGGGAGUAUGUCCCUGUCCGAGACUGGCCACAGGAUUAUGACAUGGAGGAGGAUUUAGAAGAACCCAACUGAUAUGGAACCUCUUCUUCCUCC